AUGGAGAAGGGCGACGUAGACCUUGCGGCAUUUUUGAAAACACGGCACAACGAUAUGCAUCCGUCGUUCAUUAAAUAUUAUUGGAAAUCUUUGCUUCGCUGUGUCAGAGGAAUACAUGAAAAAAGGAUCGCGCACGGUAAUUUGGAACCAGCAAAUUUUCUCCUUGUGAAGGGUGCUGUGAAGUUAAUUGAUUUUAAAAUUGCUACGGUGAUCCCGAAGCAUCUGCCAGGUACUACUAAAGAAGAACAAAAAGGAAAUGUCAGUUAUAUGCCGCCAGAAGUUUUGCAAGGACGGAGAGUGGAUGGAAAGCUAAUGGUAUUUGCAGUGGACCUUGUGCUUAAGAUUUCGCUGAAAACGGACGUAUGGUCACUAGGAUGCAUACUGUAUAGUAUGGUCUACGGUCGACUCCCUUUCACAAUGAAAAGUAAAAGGGCUAAGAUUGCUGCUAUAUGUAGCACGGAUUUUGAGAUCGAUUUCCCCGACUGUGAAGAUUAUCUGCUCGUCGAUGUCCUGAAGGCAGUUUUUUUCAUAAUAUCGGUGCAUGAAAGUUGA